CGUUAUUAUCUUUGAAGCUUCUCUGGAUCUCCCUCGGCUACUUCGUCGAGCUCUGUCUUAUAUUAACCUAUCUACUGCAGAAGUUAGGAUUGUCUGUUCGAGUAGAGAGGGAAAUCUCAUUGUGAGAAUAUUGGAAGUCGAUCGGAUCGAGGUCUGAUCGGUUAUUGCUCGUGAUUCCCUUAUCUACGGAGGUCAGGCCGAGGCGCGCCGGUGUCGCUCGCCAGAUCUGCUUCUGUCUCAGGCGCUACUUAUCAGCAUGGCAACGGCUCCUGUGGCAAGUGGAUGGCUGAGGGGAAGAGUGAAGGCUGUUCCGUCAGGGGAUACUCUGGUGAUUAUGGGAAGUACAAAAGCAGAAAUACCUCCAGAGAAGACCAUAACAUUGUCUCACGUCAUAACACCUAGGCUGGCCCGCCGAGGCACAAUAGAUGAGCCAUUUGCAUGGGACAGCAGAGAAUUUUUGAGAAAGCUCUGCAUAGGAAAGGAGGUAGUAUUCAGAGUGGAUUACUCUGUUGCAAACAUAAACAGAGAGUUCGGUACAGUUUUCCUUGCGGAAAAGAAUGUAGCACAUUUGGUUGUUUCUCAAGGAUGGGCAAAGGUUAAGGAGCAGGGUCCACAAAAAGGAGAACCCAGCCCAGGCUUAGCUGAACUGCUGCAUUUGGAGGAGCAAGCUAAACAACAAGAGCUAGGUCGCUGGAGCAAGGUACCUGGUGCUUCUGAGGCAUCAAUCAGAAACCUCCCUCCCUCAGCCAUAGGUGAUCCCAGCAAUUUGGACGCAAUGGAACUUUUGGCUGCAAACAAGGGAAAACCCAUGCAAGCCAUUGUUGAGCAAGUUCGUGAUGGCAGUACAGUUCGUGUGUAUCUGCUUCCAGAAUUUCUGUUUGUUCAAGUUUUUAUCGCUGGGAUCCAGGCACCAUCUAUGGGAAGAAGGGCUGUGGUAGAAGCUACUCCAGUGCCUGAAGUGAUAGCUGAUGAUGCAGAUGGAGAAGUAUCUUCUGAAAUUAGAACCCAACCAACAUCAGCGCAGAGACUUAUAUCACAAGCAUCAGCCACUGAAGUUUUGUCUGACCCAUUUGGGAGAGAAGCCAAGCACUUCACAGAGAUUCGGACAUUAAAUCGAGAUGUUCGUAUUGUAUUGGAAGGGGUCGAUAAAUUCAGCAAUUUGAUUGGCUCCUUGUAUUAUCCUGAUGGCGACACUGCAAAAGAUCUUGCUUUGGAGCUUGUUCAAAAUGGAUUUGCUAAGUAUGUUGAAUGGAGUGCGAACAUGAUGGAAGAUGAAGCAAAGCGGCGGCUGAAGACUGCUGAUCUUCAAGCGAAGAAAGACCGCUUGAGAAUCUGGACAAACUAUGUACCUCCACAAACAAAUUCAAAAGCAAUUCAUGAUCAGAACUUCUCAGGAACGGUUGUUGAGGUUGUUAGUGGGGAUUGCAUCAUCGUUGCUGAUGACUCCAUACCAUAUGGAAGUCCAUUGGCAGAACGCAGAGUUAAUCUCUCCAGUAUUAGAUGCCCUAAGAUGGGAAAUCCUCGUAGAGAUGAAAAGCCAGCAGCAUAUGCCCGUGAGGCUAGGGAAUUCCUGCGUACACGCCUUGUUGGCCGUCCGGUCAAAGUUGCCAUGGAAUAUUCUAGGAAGGUAAGCAUGGCUGAUGGGCCAUACACAACAGGUGUACCUGGUUCUGCUGAUUCUAGAGUAAUGGAUUUUGGAUCAGUUUUUUUAUUAUCUCCAUCAAAGGCUGAUGGUGAUGAUAGCACCCCCGCCCCUCCUUCUGUCAGUGGUCAGGCAGAAGGAAUUAAUGUUGCUGAGCUGGUUGUUUCACGGGGUUUUGGGACAGUUAUAAGGCACCGAGAUUUUGAGGAAAGGUCCAAUUUUUAUGAUGCUUUACUCGCGGCUGAAUCACGGGCUAUCAGUGGGAAGAAAGGAAUUCAUUCUUCUAAGGAUUCGCCAGUUAUGCACAUCACUGAUCUUACAAUGGCGUCGGUUAAAAAGGCCAAAGACUUCUUGCCAUUUCUACAACGCAGUAGAAGGCUUCCUGCUAUUGUAGAAUAUGUUCUUAGUGGCCACCGAUUCAAAUUGAUGAUCCCCAAGGAAACUUGCAGUAUUGCUUUCUCAUUGUCCGGUGUCAGGUGCCCAGGACGUGAUGAGCCCUUUUCAAAUGAAGCGAUUUCCUUGAUGAGGAGGAAGAUACUGCAAAGGGAUGUGGAGAUUGAGGUAGAGACGGUAGAUCGAACUGGAACUUUUUUGGGUUCUUUAUGGGAAUCUACGACUAAUAUGGGUGCAGUACUUCUUGGAGCUGGGCUUGCUAAGCUUCAGACAAACUUUGGUGCAGAUAGGAUUCCAGAUUCUCAGAUUCUUGCUCAGGCAGAACAGUCUGCCAAGCUACAGAAGCUAAAGAUUUGGGAGAACUAUGUUGAGGGACAAGAGAAUACCAAUGGUCCUUCAGCAGAAUCAAAAGAGAAGGAAGUGCUUAAGGUUGUGGUCACUGAAGUCCUUGGUGGUGGACAAUUCUAUGUUCAAAAAGUUAGUGAUCAGAACGUGGCUGCCAUCCAGAAUCAGCUCGCUUCAUUGAACCUUGGAGAAGCUCCAUUACUUGGUUCUUUCAAUCCCAAAAAAGGAGAUAUUGUCCUUGCUCAGUUCAGUUUGGAUAAAUCUUGGAACCGAGCUUUGAUCGUCAAUGGACCAAGAGGACCCGUUGAAUCUCUCAACGACAAUUUCGAGGUCUUCUACAUUGACUAUGGUAAUCAGGAGACUGUUCCAUACAGUCGACUUAGACAUCUUGAUGCCUCAGUCUCAUCUUCACCCGGGCUGGCUCAGCUAUGCAAGCUUGCAUAUAUCAAAGUACCGGAGUUGGAUGAUGAUUUUGGACAUGAAGCGGCUGAAUAUCUUAGUGAAUGCACCCUUAACAGUUCCAAGGAGUUCAGGGCCAUGAUUGAAGAUAGAGACACUUCGGGUGGUAAAGUUAAAGGUCAGGGAACUGGAACGGUUUUCAUUGUUACUCUGGUUGAUGUGGAAGCUGAAACUAGUGUCAAUGCUGCCAUGCUGCAGGAAGGACUUGGCCGACUGGAAAGGAGGAGGAGGUGGGACAAGAAGGAAAGGCAGGCCGCAUUGGACAACCUCGAAGAGUUCCAAGCUAAGGCAAAGCGCGACAGGCUUAAGAUAUGGCAAUAUGGAGAUAUUCAAUCUGAUGAAGACGAAGACUCCGCUCCGGCUGCCAGGAAAGCAGGAGGCCGUCGCUAGAUAGUGACGCUCGCCUUCUACAGUGAAAGGGGGAUAGAAAAAAAACAGGUUAGAUUAACUGGAAUACAGUAGAUAGUUGAGGCACUUUAGUUCCUACUUCGAGUUUUUUUUUUUUUUUUUAAAUUUAUAAGUCGAACCAUUGAAAUAUGUUCCACUAUUUUCUUUAUUUAAGUUUGCCAGUACAUUAUUUUCCCCUCUUAAAUAAGUCAUCCCCCCCUGUGUUGUUCCAGAAAUUGUUGUAGGUUGCCUAAUGAACGAUUGUUGUAACUUAUUUUUGGAUCUUCAAGAAGUACAUUGGAAAGCAUGAAACUCUUGAAAAGAGUUCUUCAACUA